AUGGUAGAGGAACCGGCGCCAGGAUUCGAGCGGUGGAGACGGGCUUGCACGGCGGCGCUCUCUACGCCCCUAUCCCGGCCGCGCUGCGGGGGCUCAGAGCGCCGACGAGAACCUCGGUGGAUCGCGGCUUCAAGGGUGGAAGGCAGCGAGGUCGCCUCGUUGGAGCCGCCACAGGGUAGCACGGGGAGCUGGGCAAGAGGAUGGGGCCUCGGCUGGCUAAAGGGCGAGGGGUCGUCGUCUGCAGCAUCAGAACAGCCGGUAAAGCCUGCAGAACAGGCAGAGAAGGAGGAGAAUGCCUGGGAAGAACACCCCGAGACGGACCAGGAGCGACGGCAGCGGGAGAUGGUUGAGCAAUGGAAGAAUGAGCUGUUUCGGACAAGCCCCAUGAUUCGAUUUAUGACCAAGCACCUCAAUCUCGUCUCGUGCGACCCGCUCGCAGCACCCAUGCCCACUGGCGAGACUGGGUCUGAGCAAGCGACAUCACCCAUCGUCUUCGAGACGUGCCACCCAAAGAUGGCUGGUGGCUUUGCGCCGGGCGAGCCGCAGUCGCAGUCACACAUCCUCAUCUGCACCAACCGAAUCAUGAGCAAAAAGCACCUCGAGCACACCCUGUCGCACGAGAUGGUGCACUGGUUCGAUCACUGUCGCUUCCUGGUCGAUUGGAACGACUUGCGGCACCUCGCCUGCUCCGAGAUUCGAGCAGCGUCGCUCUCGGGAGACUGCUCGUGGGGCAGGGAAGUCACUCGGCGAGAAUACGCCUUUACAAAGCAACACCAGGCCUGCGCUCGGAGAAGAGCAAUCCUCUCGGUGCAAGCACAUCCAAAUUGCAAGGAUCAUGCAGAGGCAGAGCGGGCCGUCGACGAAGUCUGGACGGGCUGCUUCGCAGACACGAGACCGUUUGACGAGUUGUAUUAA